AUGGGGAGCGCCCCGAGCAAGUCAACGCCGAGCACGCGCGUUCCCUCCACCUCGCGCAAGCUGCAGGUAGCCUCAAGCCGAGAGGACAGCGGCAUUGCACCAGGAGUCUUACGGCAGCAACAGCGAGAUGGGCGCUUUGGGCGUGAGCCAUCCUCCUCCUCUAACAAGCUUUCGCGCGCCGUUAGCAUCCUUGAAGCCUCGGGCGACUUGACGCUCAGUCUCCAGCCGUCCCGCACCUUGUCCACCUCGACCGCCAAGAAGGCGGUCGAUUCCCCCAUGCUUCCCGUGCCUGACAGCACCACCCGGCACCCGGCACCCACCGAACGCACCCCCAAACCUGCUGCUGCUUCGCCACAAAGCACCCCUGCCAUAAGAAUCGCAGAGUCCCAACCGACCAAAAAGCGUUCUACCGCCGGCCAACGCCGAACUAGCGUCGACACGAGCAGCACGAGCAAUCGUCUUAGCCCCGCCAUGCACAACAGCAAUGCGAGCCAGUAUGAACUCGCUACCUCUCGUCAAUUCGACGAGCAGGUCGAACAAGCUCAGCAUCUGCAGCAACAAGUCGAGCGUGCCGAAGACGUUUUCGAGCAAUUUGCGGCCGUAAUUUUUCGGCGCGCCGAAACAAAAGGCAACGGUUUGCUUGAGCCCUGGGAAUAUCAAACCAUCUGCCAAUCAUCCACCCUGAACCUCAACUUGGAAGACAAGGACGCUCAGCGACUCUUCAAGGCAGCUGACAAGGACCGUGAUGGCAAGCUGCGCUUUGAAGAAUUUGUCCCCUUACUACGCAAGCUGUUGCAGCUGGCCUAUGCCGACAUAUCUAGUGCAGAAACCGAUUGGAUCCGCAUCGGUUUCUCAGGGUACGAGGAGGAUGCAUUGCCCAUCUUCUUCAACAAGAAAACCGGUGCCAUGACAUACACCACCCCACCCAAGUUCCUGCGCCUGGAGGAUGAGGAGACCCCAACGCAAUUCGAGUACUUUGCCAUGUCUGACGGCGUCGUAAUUACCACAUAUGUCGAUGACCAAGGCCAACGCCUGUAUUUGGACAGUGAACAACAGGCAUGGAAAGUUGUGCCUCGUGAAUGGGAGAAUCAGAUGGAGCCCUGGCAAGAAUACUACGGAUCGUUUGAUGAUUACUUUGCCGCCAAUCACAACCAUCCACAAAGGCACGGCCUCAAUUAUCAGGUCAUCCGCCACCCAGUGAAUAAAAAGGAAUAUUACUCCUGUGCGAGCGUUGACUAUCGGACCGUUCGUCUCUACUUGGACGAGGACCAGCAGCUGCGACCCCUCCCCAUUGCCUGGGAAGCCCUAUUGCCCGAGACGCAGUCGGCGCUUCAGCAAAUUAGCAAGGCCAUCCCGACGUGGGAAAGCAUCCAGGAACAGGUGCUGGCACUGCGGCUCAACAACUACGAUGUCACAGCCACCAUCAAUUGGAAGUCGGCGGAGAUGCAAAACUGGGCCGAUCGCAAGUCAAAGCGCAGCCGCAAGGAAGAGCACAACGAUGCUCUUCUGAUUGCCUCGCUCCAGCAACGCCUGCAAAUGUCUGAGCGACAAAUGGAGAGCGCGUACAAGGACAACAAUCUGCUGCGUGCUCGAUUGCAAGUGCUGGAAAAUCAACUGCUUCAAGCACGCCACUCUGCGGAAGAGUCGCGACGGAUCGUUGAGCGCCAGGCCAAGCGAAUCUUCUUGCUUGAGGAGCAGUCAGAGAGCUUUGUGGAGGAGACGUCUUCUCAGCUGGCCGUUGAGGAGCGCAAUCGUUACCUAACUGCGAUUCAAGAAUUGGAAGCUAAGGUGGCAGCAUUGGAGCGUGGGGAUCAACAUGCUGUGGCACACACAGUCUUACGGCAAGAGCAGCAGUUGUCCUUGGUUCGAGUGGCGGAGUCUCAGCUCCGCGUUCGCCUGCACUCUGCACGCCAAUCCAACCGUGCCAAGAUUGGACGGCUCGUUUACAGCGUGGAGGAAUUGGGGGAACAAAACAAGCUUGUCAAGCAAGAAAUGCAACUUGCUGUCACAGAACUGCGCACACUGGCAAAGAACCUGGCUUUUCAGAUUGGCAAACUUCACUUACAACUCGCGGGCGCGAACAAAGACAAUACCACUCUGCGUUCCAAGUAU